AUGUCAGCUCGCAAGGACUUCAGUCAUAACGAAGAGGAGGAUGGCGAAAUUCCAACUUUGGUCGCAGGCAAUGAACAGAAUAUAAAUGAUAUUUUAAUGUCUAUCAAUAGCGAUGGAGGCAAAACAAUUGUCAGUGAUAAAAAGAUUCAGCAAGCCAACAAACAGCUUGAGUUUGAAGAACCAGAUGGCCAAGUUAAGAUUCCCGUGAGUAUCAUAACCGGGUACCUGGGAUCUGGAAAAUCUACACUACUGGAGAAAAUUGCAUUGAAGGGCUCGGAUAAGAAGAUUGCAGUGAUAUUGAAUGAGUUUGGUGACUCAAGCGAAAUUGAAAAGUCGAUGACCAUUAGAGAAAAUGGCUCCUCUUACGAAGAGUGGCUGGAUCUAGGGAAUGGCUGCCUAUGUUGCAGCCUACAAGAUGUUGGAGUUAGGGCUAUCGAAAGUCUUAUAUCUCGCUGCCCCGGAAAGAUCGAUUAUAUCCUGCUAGAGACAUCUGGGGUCGCAGAUCCUAGACCUAUCGCAAAGAUGUUUUGGCAGGACAAUGGCCUGUACAGCAAUGUAUACUUGGAUGGGAUUGUCACGGUGUUGGACGCUGAAAAUAUAUUAAAAUGCCUCGACGACGUUUCCCCUAUGACUCACUGGCACGGGGAAAAUGUUAAGGUGGAGAAUGAUAUAACAAUCGCACAUCUACAGAUUGCUAUGGCUGACUCUAUCAUUUUAAAUAAGAUGGACCGCCUACAUUCCAUCGAAGAAGGGCUCAGCAUAGAAAACUCAAUUCGCAGGAUAAAUUCAAUAGCACCAAUUCACCAGGCACGGUACGGAGAGGUCCCCUUAAAACAGGUACUGGAGUUGCGUGCCUUCGAUACUGUGAAGUUUGACAGUAUGCCGGAUGGCGUGUUCCACGAUCCCCGUAUUUCCACGGUGACUUUGGACUUUCGUGCCCUAGAAAAUGAGCUCGAAUUUAAAACAUUUUUGAGCAAAUUCCUUCAAGUUGUAUUAUGGAAUGGAUUUGGGUCUGAAGGCAACGGGGAUUGGGAGAUCCUUAGGACCAAGGGCUUGAUACUUGUUGGUGACAGUUGCAAAAUUAUACAAGGCGUACGGGAAACCUAUGAUAUAUUACCUGGCCUAACUCCAGAGGAAACGUCUGGGUGUAAAAUGGUCUUCAUUGGUAAAGGAAUCUCUGAGGAAGGAUUAUCGCGAAUCUUGUCUAUAGUUAUAGGUUAA